UUUUGAAAUUUAUUUGUAACUAGAAAGGAAGCAGAAUUAUUUUGUCUAUAAAUAUAAAAUUUCGAUUGGUUGCAUCUGGUUCAAAGCUUAAAAUUUAAAUUUUGCGUAUAUUUUUUAAAAACUAUAAAGUAACAAAAUGGAUCCUACUAAAUAUGGUUUAAAUUAUCUUCCCUUUCUAGAAGAAUUUACAGAAACCCCAACUACACGUACACGCGUAAGUCCACGUCCUUUAAUAAUGCCUCAAGGUCGCUAUCAGGAUAAACAUCAAGACUGUUCUCUUCUUGAUGGCAACUUCAAAGGUAGCUAUCAAAGGUACUACCAACAACGGAAUCGUUCAGGUAACUAUCAAGGUGGGGGCAGCAGCAUGUAUCAACAAUUCCCACGUUAUCGGAAGGCUUCAACGAGUAUGCAUCAAAACUCCACUCUUGAUGAUAGCUACAAUAAUAAUAAUUAUCAGUUACAACCAUUAGGACAACUGCAGAGCCCUCUUAUACGUCUUUGUCGAUAUUAUGCAGAAAAAAUAUUCUCAGAAAAGAAAAUCGAGCGGAUGUCAGCAUUUAUCUCAACUAUUCAAGAAAAUGCAGCUUUUCGGAAAAUGUUUCAAUUUACUUUAAUUAUUUUCAAGAUUUUCUUUAUAAUAUCAUCCAUCGUAUUUUCGGCUAUGUCAAAAGUGUGGAGUUGGAGCUACAUUUUAUGGAAAGGUCGAUGUGUUUUGCACAGUGGUGCCCGUAUUCUAUUGUGGCGUAUGACUUUGGCAAAGUGUGAUGACGUCCUAUUUUAUGGGAUGAUUUUGGUAUUAUCCCCAGCCCUGUUUGUUGUGGCGAUUUUCGGUUUUCUGUUGUCCUGCUUCUGUGCUGUAAGAGAUUCCAUUUUGAACUUCAAGAAGUACGUCAGCGGUAUUUACUAUUCUUAAAACUUAUCCUGUCCUGAGCUAUUUAUGUUGUAUAUAUUAAAUAAUUUUUUUACAUGUAAAAAUUUUGAUUAUAUAUAUUCUUGU